CACCAAAGCCAACACAAGAGGCGAGCAAAGAGAAUAACAAAAAAACAAAUCAUCGUGACUCUAAAGACGACGACGACAACAGCAACAAUGUCACAUUCAGCCACGAGUACUCUUCUCCUCAUGGCCGUCGUCGCCGGUGCCGUCCUCCUGUCGACGACGACGACGUCCACCGCGCAACCGAGCCCUCGCCAUCUGAGACCGAUAAGUCCCGGCGACCUCCAGGAUUACAAGAAGCUGGCGGAGUGGGCCGUGGAGGUGAACAACAAGAACAACCCUAAAUCGGAACCCUUGACGUUGGUGAGCCUGGACACCGGAUAUUCUCAACCCACCAUGGACUUCACCUACUUCGAAUUUUACCUAACCGCCAACUCCACCCACUCUGCCCCGGCCACCUACUUCACCACGGUGCUCCAAGGAAACGGUUAUGAAAAUCAAGUUGAGAACUUUUACAAGUAUACUGGAGGUAGAUAGAUCGGUUAGUGGCUCUCAUGACUUGAUAUCAUCGUCAAAGUUCAUGUUAAUGCAAUAUGAACAAUACUGAUGAUGAUAAUAAAUAAUAAUAAUAAUACCAAUGAGAAAUGUUCUCAUGUAAUUUAGGGUUGUCGACCAAUUACGCGUAACAGUUCUCGUGUAAUUUAGGUAUAUGUAUAGAUGGGUGCGAAAAAGCAAACAUGAUAUAUGUUGACCGGAUAACUAGCUCAAUUCGGAGUAUUGGAUCGUCUCUUCAUAAUUAGUUAAAGUUUCGCUGCAUCGAUAUGAUGACGUUUUUUUUUUUUUUUGCGCUACUGAAUCGAUUAAUUUUAAUAGUUCCUUCAGGUGUUCUGGUAGGAAUUAAUGUUUGAAAAUUUCCUAGUGGGUGAGAAUGUUAUGAUUAAUCAAAAAUUAUUUAGAAUGGAAAAGGUUAUUACACUCAUUGAGGAAAAAAAAAGAAAAGGAUAUCAAUUUC